UGUUGGUUCGCAAAUCCGUGCUUCUGGAUUUCUCAACAAUCGAAAUCACAACAUUCCGAAUUGUCUAGGACGUGCUAAAGUCAACGGUUUCAGCAUCCUGGUCCUUUUAGUCACUCCUGAAUGUCAUCGAUAUGGUAUAAAUGUCCCUGUAAGGAUUAGACAAGUUGCUUCAUUCAUAUGGCGGCAUGCAACACCUGCCGAUAGAAGCUAUUUUAUAAAUAUAGCUGCAGGAGUAAACGAAGCAAAUUUAUCCGGGCGAUAA